AUGACGAGGUACUUGGAGCAGAAUUAUCAUGUGGUAAAACAAGACAACCACUGUCGCGUAAGCAGUCCAUACCCAACAAACAUCCGAGAAUACCAGUAUCCCGAAUACUACAUUUCCCCGAAAUUCAAGACUUAUGACGGACAGGGGAACGCAUGGGAACAUCUUAGCCGAUUCCUAUCAGCAACGAAUGAUAGAGCCUCCGACGGAAAGUUGUGCCUAAAAGAAUUUCCCAAAUCGCUCACAGGCACGACGUUCACCUGGUAUGACAACCUAAAGGCAGAAAGCGUGGAUUCCUGGCCGACUAUGUCCACACUCUUUCUUCGGAAAUUCUAUUCAGUCAAGAGGAAAAUCACGACAAUAGACUUGAGCAAGAACGGACAACAGAUGGGAAAAGAAAUAGGAAAGUAUAUCUUACGGUUCUGGCGCUUGGAACUAAACUAUCAAGAAGACAUCAGUAAGGAAACACUCGUUGAGAUUUGUGUACGAGGAAUGAUCCCAGCUUUCAAGGGGAGUUUGAUCAAUUUUAGAUUCCAUACCUUCGUCGAGCUAGAAGAAGCGGCCGAAAGGAUCGCCGACUACAUAGAAGAAAUACCCAUAGACCCUUCUUGGCGCCACACAGUCAGUACCGUAUCUGAGGCACCGCGCAAUGUAAGACCCAACACUAAUAGAGAAAGGAGGGACCAAUUCCAAACCAUCGGUAGAAACCAUGGGAGAAGCGGAAGGACUAGGCAUGACUCAAACCCACCACCCCCUCUUCCUUGCAGGAAAGAGCGCACAGUCGAAUUACUGGGUCAGUGGGUCACCGAACAAGAAAUUCAGCUGCCCCCGACGGUAGUAGACGUUAACAAAAUGGAUAAGAACUCCGCCAGGUACUGCCACUAUAAUCGAAGGUUGGGGCACCCAACAGAAUAA